CAAAAAAUUCCUUGUCCUUAAUGGACAAAUUUCAUGCUUUGGUAAAAGAAAAAAUUCAACAAAAUUUUGGCGAGGCGAAUAAUCAUUCAUGCGCAGAUGCACGGCCUACACAAGAAGUACAAGGUGCAAGCAUAAGCACUACUACCGAGGUUGAAGUGUUGGCUACUUCUGAACAAAACGUGUUGGUUACCUCUGAACAAAACUGUAUAUUAAUUCCUUCAUAUGCUUGUCGAACAGAAAAUGAGCAAGGAAAAGAAUUAUGGAAAGUUCGUGUACGAGGUUGGGCUUAUAUCUCAAAAACUCAAAGUCGUAAGCAAAAAUUAAUGAUGGGAGUUGCACGUCGAGUAGCUGGUGUGAACAAUGAUGAAGAAAAAAGCAAAACACUUGAAGAUAGGGUUAGCAUGUUUUUGGCAAAAAACCUUCGAAAUCAAGAUUAUAUAGUUCAGAUAGAUGGCCUUGCUCAUCCAUCACAUAUGGAACUAGAUCGUGACCCUGAUGUUAACGGUAUUACGCCACCGACUGACGAAUCAUAUUCCACUAAAAUUACGAGUGGCACCGGUCAUUUUUCAGGCGAAAUUGAGAUUCUUGUCGAAACUGUCGACCAGUGGAUUGCUAACGCAAAAGAAGAUAAUCCUGCAAGAUGGCUGAAAUUAUCAGCAUUUCCAGUAUCAACAUUUCCAGUAUCAGAGAGAGAUAUAUAUGCGGACAAAUUUCAUGGUUUCGCCAACUUGAUUGGUGUUCAUGGCAUAUCUAUUAUAUCCGAUAUCGAUGAUACUAUUAAACACACGGACAUAACCAGUGGUCCACGUGCAGCUCUUUCUAGCACCUUUUUGUAUGAUCAGCAGGAGGUUUCCGGUAUGGCAAAUGUUUAUCAGGAAUGGAAUUUUCCACCCGGUUCGGCACACUUAAAACUAUAUGAUCUUAAAAACCUAAUGGACUCUGGUAGUUCAAAACGCCAAUAUAUUAGAAAUAUUAUUAAGGACUUUCCUCAGAGAAAAUUUAUUCUUAUUGGUGAUAGUGGAGAAUCGGACAUGGAAAUUUAUUCCGACAUGGCAGAAGAAUUUCCUGAGCAAAUUUUAUACGUCUUUAUCCGUGACGUGUCCACAGAACGCAUCAAAAUGCGUCCACCACCUCCGAGACGAUCAAAAUCUUUUCCAUUUGUUCCGAGGCGUUCACCUUUGCCGUCCAAAUCUGUAAAGACGAUGCCAGUUGUAAGUGAUACUAUCGUAGAUAAUUUUGAUGGUAACUCUGGUAAUAGAACACCGCCUUCGCCUUCUGAAUCCGAGGAAUCAUCGCCAACAACACCGUUAACACCACCCACUCCAACUACACCGAGCAUAGACCCUCUUCAGGAAUUUAAUGAUCGUGUCGAAAAAUGUCGUCAAAAAAUUCCUAAUCGUGCCUUUGCAUUGUUUAAGGAAAGUCAAGAUUUAAUAGAUAAUGAAGUCAUUAAGAAUAAGUUUCUCGAAUUACGGAAAUAA